UACAUAGGAAUAGAGUUAAAAGGACGAGCAGAAUUUUACGAACCGAAUCAAACCGAUAGGAUGGAUAAUACAAUCAAACCUUCGCCUAUGUUUAGGCUAUGGAGAAUGCGAUAGUAAAUUCACGAGACAAGACGUUUAACCCGAUUCUGUCGCCAACUCCAUUAUUAUUCCUCUAGAUUUCGUCACCUCUACUCUUCAUUGAUCAUUCUUCUCUGAGAAACCUUAGAAAUUUCUGCAUUGGCUGGCCUACACACCGAAUCGCGUCGGCAAUUGUUUGCAUUACAGAGCAUGGGGAAGCCGUCUUGGCCUUCGGAGGACGAGCUAAAUGGAAUCAAGACGAUUGUUUCGGAAAUGUCCAAGAGAAGCAAGGAGGAUGUUCGCAUAGUUGUCUCUCCAUAUCGCAUUUGUCCACUGGGAGCUCAUAUUGAUCAUCAGGGUGGGAACGUUUCAGCAAUGGCCAUAAAUAAGGGAGUGCUUUUAGGAUUUGUUCCUUCUGGCGAUGCUCAGGUUGUACUCCGUUCAGCUCAGUUCAAAGGAGAUGUUAAUUUCAGAGUUGAUGAAAACCAGUAUCCAAACCAUUUUAUUAACAAGAAGGAAGGGACUAAUGCAAAUGGUCAUGCUAAGUUGAAAGAUGACAAUAACUGGGGAAGGUAUGCUAGAGGAGCAGUAUAUGCACUACAACAAAAAGAACAUUGCCUUUCUCAGGGUAUAAUAGGAUAUAUCUCUGGUUCUGAUGAUCUUGACAGCUCAGGCCUUAGCUCUUCCGCAGCUGUUGGAUUGGCUUACUUGUUAGCGCUGGAAAAUGCUAAUAAUUUAACAAUAUCUCCCUCAGAAAAUAUUGAAUAUGAUAGACUAAUUGAAAAUGGAUACUUGGGUCUGAGAAAUGGCAUACUUGACCAAUCAGCAAUAUUACUUUCAAGCUAUGGUUGUCUAUUGCACAUGAACUGCAAGACUAAAGAUUUCAAGCUUAUACGCCCACUGGAUAUGGAAAGCAGUCUAAAAUCUGAGACGCAGAAGGAAUACCAAAUUUUAUUAGCAUUUUCAGGAUUGAAGCAGGCUUUGACAAAUAACCCUGGAUAUAAUCACCGCGUUGCAGAGUGUCAAGAGGCUGCAAAAAUUCUUCUGAAUGCAUCUGGCAAUUCUCAUGUGGAGCCACUCCUUUGUAAUGUUGAACAGGAAACUUAUGAAGCUCAUAAGUCCCAGCUGGAAACAAACUUGGCAAAAAGAGCAGAACAUUAUUUCUCAGAAAACACGCGGGUUUUACAAGGACUCGAAGCUUGGGCUUCAGGGAGGUUGGAAGACUUUGGAAAACUCAUUGCGGCUUCUGGGCGAAGUUCAAUUGUAAACUACGAAUGUGGUGCAGAACCACUUGUUCAACUAUACGAGAUCCUCUUGAGAGCUCCUGGAGUAUGUGGAGCGCGGUUCAGUGGUGCUGGCUUUAGAGGUUGUUGUCUCGCUUUCGUAGAUGCCAACUAUGCUGCUGAAGCUGUAGAUUUUGUGUGGACAGAGUAUACGAAGGUGCAGCCAGAGUUAGCAGCACAGAUGAACCCAGAGACAGCCGUGUUGAUUUGUGAACCGGGUGACUGCGCUCAUAUCAUAUGUGGUACCUCCUAAGGACCAUUUCUCCAGUAUUAAUUGAUUUCAUUCUUCCUGUAAUAUUAUAUAUUGCAUUCUGGUCAUUUCUGUAUCUUUGUCGCUCUAUAUUGAUUCAUUGACAUUUCACAUUCAAGAAAGGUGCAUCUUGUAAAUACUCUUCUUUUUUAACAUUGUACUUGUACA